AAGAUGCACUAUAGUAAAGAGUUGAAGAGCUAUGUUUGCAUGAUAGUAAACUUGGGGGAAAAAAUGUUAAAUGAGAGGAGAUGGCUUGGUAGGCUUUAAUGCUCCAAGUACCAUCUGCCUUCAGAUAGGUUCUUUUGUGAAUGGUCUCUAAUAAGGCUUCUCAAACCUUAUUAGUUGCUAAGCAUAAAACCCUUGUGUUCAGGUCAUGUUGAUUUUGGGAUUUGUGUCAUGCUAGAGGUAUGGAUAAUCAGGGUUUGGAUGUACAAGACCUCAGGGUGUAUAUCCCAUUUCUUUCUCAGACUACUUUUAGUUUAUAAAUUGGUCUCACUGCUUUUUCACCCUCUGUCACUUUGGUUUGACACCUUGGCUUUGCUUGUAUAUUUGGAAAGGGGACCAUGGCACAGUGCUUAGUGUCAGGUCUGGAGGGGGAGAUAUGUUACAUAAAUUUGUUACCAAAAUUCACUGUAGUGCUCUGCCUCUCAAAUGUUUGUUCUUAGCAUGGCUACUCACUGGUAAUUACAAAUCAGUAGCAUCAUUGCAUCAGGAUAGAUCUUUUACUUGACUUUGGCAUCCAGCUAGAAGCAUAGCAAAAGGAAGGAAGCUGCAGGAUGGAUUUUUUAGUUAUAAAAGUGCACCCUCAAACUCAGAUGAGGUACAUGGCUGUCAUGAUAUAAAUAAGAGAUCCCAGAGCCUUUUAUUAGUCUUACUGGUGCCAGUAUCAAAUAUGGCUCUGAGCCUGCAGUCAUGCCACAGAAAGGCUCAGGAAGUUCAUCUGCGGUUAGUUGUCUUUGCAAAUUUAGGUCUGCUUAGAAACCUGUGGACUUACUGUGCUGGGUCUGGCCAUCAACUCAACCUUCACAGCCUACUUUGAAUGGAAAAACAUAUGGUUUAACUCUAGCAUAAUUUAGGACAAAAACUGCAGGAUAAGUGUGUCCAAAGUGGCUUGAGAGGUUUAGGUGUUAAUGCUGCACAGCAUCAGAAAAACCUGAGUUUUCUGAAUUCAUAACUGUUACACGAGAGGCUUGUAUUUAUACUGUUACAACCUGUGAAGUACAUUUGCAGGCUUGGAGUCUUAGAGUUACUUGUGGUGAGGUACUUCAGCAUAGAGGAAAAGGCUGCAUGCCAACUUUUUGCUUUAAUCUUAGGAUUUGAUACCAUUACUCAAAAGUCUUGAUGCUGGUUGUUGCUGCUGAAUUAUUAUUUCAGUCUGCAGAGCAAACGGUUUCCCUGCAUUGUUUAGGUCUUUCCCACAGUUGUAAGAGAAAUACUUAAGAGUACAGGAAAUGGUGUCUGUAAAAGUAAGAUUUGAUCUGAAGUCUGAUUGCCUGAACAAUUGCUAAGUCUUUUACACUUUUAAAAGUUGAAGAUUACUUAGUUCUUUCUGUUGAUUAUUCACUUAGCAUGUUAAACUCAUUGUACAGUAAUGUCCAUCAAACUUUUGCUUUUCUUUUAAAUUGCAUUAUAGAUUGAGGAAGAGAAACAGAAAUAUUUGUAUACAAUUAUUUUUUCCCCCAUGUCUUCCAGCUAUAGCACUGUCUUCCUGAGUUGGGAGAAAGUGAAACCUUACUGUUCUGUGUCCAAACAAAACAAAAUGCAGAAGCCAAUAGUAGAAGUAGGAGUGAGAAUCCAUUUGACUUUUUAAAGUCUGCCCUUUGUUGAUAACAGGAUGGGUUAUUACUAUUUAAUAUGAUGUUGUAUUUUUUUUUUAAAAAAGAAAGUUAUUAAGGGUGGAGCAGGGCAAGUUUUCAAACACCCCAAAAGAGCUGUAGGAAUAAAUCUUUGGAGCAAAUUCAGUAACAAGUAGAAAUAUUUGAGUUGGUUUGUGCAUCUUAGCACUGAUCUUCUCCUGAACUAAUCACACUCCUCCUAACACACGCACCAUGUAGCUAUACAUUGCCUUGCAGCCUCAUCUACACUUUUCUGCACACCCUUCCAAGUAAUUAGACAGGAGCAGGAUCUUCUGUGUAAGCCUUUGAGCUUUGUUAUUUCUGUGCUGUGCUCAGUGUAAAAUGCAGUGCUGAGACUGGCCUUCUUUGGCUUAGGCACAGCAUCUGGAGCUGCUUUGCAUCUGAUCCCCUCUGAACAGGAGUGAGGAGGAUUGGGUCUGCCUGUGGUGUAGCACCCUGUCAUACCCCAUAUCUGUUUCUGGUAAAUCAAAGCUGUUGACAGCUGGCUUAGCUGUUUUUUUCAUGUUCUCUUUGGAACAAAAUGAUCUUUAAGGUGCCUUCCAAACCAAACAAUGUUAUGAUUCUCUGUAUAUGUUCCUGAAAUGCCCGAAUGCCAGUAGGAGGUUAGUCCCAACUAUCCUUUGUGACUGACAAAAUUUCUAUAUGGUUUGGGGAGGGAUGUGAUUUCUUUGAGGUGGGCUUUUUAAAUUUUUUGUUCUGUGGGUUUUUUUGGUUUUUUAAGUUGGUUGUUUUGAGGUGUUUUGGAAAGAAAGUAAUUGCUGCUUAACUUUCAACUUCUGAAUAUGUUUUGGCAAAAAUUGUUUUGUUUUUUUUUUUUUUUUCCCAAUGCCUCACAGAACAGUGAAAAAAGAACCCCUGACCCCUAAAGCUUUUCUGCUUAAUGCACUUCCUUGACCUUUUCAAGUACUUUGUGCUUUUGCAAGGAUAUAAACCUGGAUAUUUUAUAUAUUCUGUGUUGCUGAACUAACUGGAAAAUUCGGGGCUUUGAGAGAUAGGAACUUUGAUGAUAAAUGCAUUUUUCCCUUGUAAAACUUCAUCUGUAUUCUCUAUGCUGGGCACUCCUGAAGGAGAAAUGAAGUGUGAAGAGAGGUCUUGUGACAGUUUUGCCCUUAGCAACCCUUAGAAGCACAGGAGAGGAAGAAUUAAAGGAAAGAGCUGCAGUGUGCAAAGUCUGAAGAAUUAACAUCAGUCCUUUUUUCAUACAGUGGAAAGAAAAGAGUUGACUGGAAGAAGAAAUCUUUCCUGUGGUACUGGUAGAGAAGUACAGACAAUAUCUGAGACCUAGAUAAGGCCUCACAAGCAGCAGAAGUGUAUCACACUGCAGAAGCUUUCUGGGCUGUGAUCAGUGCUCUGAAAUACUGUUUAAGGAAUGGUCAACAGAAUAUAUGUUCAGUCAGUCAUUUGCAAACUUCAGAUGUUUGAUAAUCCCCAUGUAGUGCAAUUCAAAAGUAUUCUUAAGCUUAACCUUAUUUCAAUUAGAAAAAGGCAUAGUGGUAGAGUAUACCUCAUUGCAUGUUUGCUGAACAGCAUAUACUACCUAGACAAAUGACUGAAAACUUUGCCAUGUGGCAUUUAUUUGCUCCUUUACUUUAUGCCAAAUUUCAUUUUUUUUCUGGUUUUUUUUCUUGUGAAAUGAGUGGGUACAAACAGUUUGCUGAAUAUUUCCACCCAUGUUUUUGUUCAUUGUGUGAAAAUAAUAUGACGCUGUUACCAAAACAAAAAAAACCCCUCAGGUUAUAUAUAUUGUAAUAUCCUUGUCAUUUUUUUCCCUGUAUGAAUGACAGUGGAUGCAAAGGUGUGUUUAGCUUGAGGAGAGAUACAGUUGCUUUCCAAAAUAAAUGCUCUUUAUGAAAGUUUAUUACAAAUUGUCUACAGGAGAGUGAACAUGCAAGGAUCAGGAUAUAUAAUGUUUUCUUUGAAACAUACCUUUGGUAAAUAUAUUUUUAACAGUUGCUAAUCUGUUUCCUGCCAAGGAAACCAAGGAAGUCAAAGAGACAAGAAGAUUAUAGACAUAUUUGUUAUUCAAUGCUGUGUUGUUUCUCCGACUUCCAUCUCCUGCGCAGUUAGAAACUCUGCAGGAAAGGGAUAUGUGACUUGUAUUGAAAACUUUGAGAUUUCCUGUUUCUCUGGGCAUGUAGGUUUCUAGCAGAGCAGGUUAACCUUUACUGCUGAGCCAUAUCUCUCCAUAUUUUCCUUUGCCCUGGAAAAUUUUUGGUCUCCACUAUUCCUGACUACCCUGGACAGUUGGCAUCUCUUCCUUCCAGUCUAACAAUGCCAUCAGUGCAGUGGCACCAGCUACGUGCAAGUUCCUUUGAAUUCUGCUGUCAGUUACAUUUCUUGUGAAUAAAGUGUUUCAGAAUUCCAGGGAGCCCUGAGUAUAAACGUAUCAAUUAUGUGUCAACACAACAGCAUCUGUCGUUGAAAUUAGGUAUCAUUUAUUUGGCAUGAGCAUGGCAAAGAUUUGGCUGACAGCCAGAGUGAAAUAAUCCAGCAAAAGCUGCUGCAACAGGAGUUGUCUCAGAAGCAAUUCACUGAAAUUCAGGUGCUCUAACAUCAUCUUUUAAUAAAUUCUUAAGACAUGAGGGACCUUAAGCAAAAAGCCUUUCAUGUUCCACGUUCUUGCCUCCUGUUAUUUCUUUUUCAUGUCCAAUAUUUUUUUUUUUUGGUUAUUCUUCGCUUGGAAAAGAUACAUACAAGUUCCGGGAUGUAUAUAUCAUGUGAUUUAAUAUCCUUUUUUUGGCUUUCCACUUAUUACUUCAAUGUUGUUUACAUAAAAGUUCCAAAUGAAUGCAAGCAGUGAUGCCUGCUUUGGGAAAACUGCUUAAUUAUGAAAGAGGCAAGGCUCUUAAAACAGGAGAGUAAGAAAUUGCCCUUUGUAAAAGAUGUGUGUUCUGGAUGUUUUGCAUAUUUUUUCUUUUCUGAAUAACUUUGUCUCUUCCUUGCUUUUUUUCCUAGAUCUUUUUCUUAGAUUUAAGUAAGUUUUGUGUUCCCAAAGAUGUGAAUAAGUCAAAACGGUAAUUUCAGAAAGUUAGAAAAUCCCAAGUCCGUAACACACUCCAUUUGUCAUGGACAUAACUGCCGUGGUUGAGUAAGCACUUAAGCCUGCCUGUGGGAAAUGGGGAACUCAGAUCACUUUGUUUUUAUGGAUGAUCUUUAUCAUACUUGAAGGAGGUGAAGAGGAAACUCUUCGAUUUAAUGGUAUAGCUUGUAGUAGUCACCUGGUUGAUUUUGAUACCUGUUUAAAAACAGAAACAGGAUGAGAUGGAAAGGAGAAAAUACAGCAGAAAGGCUCAGUAUUGUGUAGCACAUCCAGAUGUUUACCUUGUGCCUUUUUACUGACUUUGGGCUCCAAACAGUCCCUUCAUCAAAUUAAAGUUUUUCACUUGGGUGCUAAAAAAACGUAAUUUCUAGGAAAGCAUUGAGCACAAUACAGGGAUAAAAGUAGUUGGGAGAAAAUACACAUUGCGUUUUCAGUGCUGGAGGAAAAGCUUGUAGAAUAAAGAUGAACUGGGAUUUUUUAAAGUUUUUUAGGGUUUGGUUUUUUUCCUGCGUUCCUCCCCUCCUCCUUGAGGUUUGAAUUCCUAUGAAGUUGAGUUUGUCUCAGAGGGGAGAGAACAACGAAAGGGAGGGAGAUCUGUCGUAUUUUCUGCAUUUUAAACGGGCUGGUUUCUCUUUGGUAGAAAAGAAAUAGUAAAUAGUGGAUUAGCUCCUAACUUUGUACUCUCAAAAGAAAUCACAAUUCUAGAGUUAAGUAAUGAAACCUCUUUAGGAAAAUCAAUGUUACCUGUAUCCAAGCUCAAUUUAUUCAGGAGGUCAGCUUUGUUGCUGCCCUGGCAUAGCUUGAAUUUAAUGAUUAACAACCUCUUAAUGACUGUUCAUGUAACUUCCAUCUGGUAUUUUAUAUAAGCGUAAGCCAAGAUGAUAACAGAACGCUGUAGUAAAGCAGUGUGUGCUAUUCAGGGAAAAAUCUGGUUCCAAAUCCUGUAUGCAGCAUGCAUCAGCCCCAGUGAAACUGAGAGAAGCCCAUUAAGAAAUCCGAUUAGCUGUCUGCUCUCUAGUUUCUUGCACAGCCAACCACUCAACAGAAAAUAAAUUCUUCAGCCUCUUGUUUCAAAAGACCUCGGACAAUCUUCUGCUGUUCCACUCCCUUUGGUCCCACAUUUCAGCAAAAAAAAAAGAUCCAAAGAGGAGGAUGAGGCAGCUUAGAGGAAAACCCAAAAAAGAGACCUCCAAAGAUAAAAAGGAGAGAAAACAGGCAAUGCAGGAGGCCCGGCAACAGAUCACCACCGUGGUGCUUCCCACACUGGCUGUCGUAGUACUGCUGAUUGUUGUGUUUGUCUAUGUAGCGACUCGUCCCAAUACAACUGAAUGAUGCAGCUUUUCAGACUCUCUAGCUUUGGGAUAUUAAUUUUACCAAGAGCCAAAAGGAACUCUCUGCCACUCUUUUAGUACUUUGCAAAGGAUCUUGCUGGUAUUUUCAGUCUUUCUCUUGGCUAGAGUCCCACAGAUUCUCUUUAGGAAUGUAACAUAAAACGUAUUAGUGAAUGUGCCAGUACGUUUUAUGGUCCAGUUAUGUGCCUUUCAGACUUUUAAAAAUGGUGUUUUUCUUAAAGCUGUUUGAAGCUCUAUAUUGUAAAAGGAAAUCGUGUUCUGCUAUAAAUUUGUAAAAAAUCAGCUUUCAGCUUUUAUCACUGUAACGGAUAAUGUUGCUCCCAUGAGCUCUUGUAUGUCUAUUUCAGAAUUUCCAAAGAAGUACAUUUCUUCUUUGUACUUAAUGUCAUAUGAAGUGCUUUGAUUCAGAAAGGAUAUAUUUAUUUUUUGAAUAAAAGAAGUCUUACUUGGAAUCUUCAAAUUAUUUUGCAAAAAAAAAAUGUGACAUUGUGAGAGCCUACAUUGUGUAAUAAUUUUUUCAUCAACCACUAUAUACUUCACUCAAAAAGAAUUUCUUUUUGGUGCGAGAUGCCAACAUGCAAAGUGAAUACUUCAGGACCUGCUGGAUGGAAUCGUACAGAAUCUGGACAGGGAGAUUCUGCCAGGUUAUGGUGAAGUAACUAAUAACAAACUACAUAAACACAGACAGUUGCUUAUCUGAGUGUUCAAUAUUUGAAACUGUGUAAGUGACAAUAAAAAGGUGGUUCUGCAUACAAACCCUUGAUUAUUUCUUUUAUUAAGAAGGGAGAAGUAACAGUGUAACUUUGGUGUCUGUUUGCUGAAGUGCGCUGCUGUCCUGUGGCAUGCCCCCAUCCCCUCAUUGGAAGGAACAUCUGAGCACAGCUUGGGCAGUUUAAUUCUAGGAAAUUUCUCAUCAAAAGGCCUGAAUGACCCUGUAUUCUACUACAGCCCAUUUUCAUGUAAGUAUGUUAAGGCACUCAGUAGGCAUUAACCUUCAGAAAAUUUUGGGGAAGGAGAUUGAGAACUCUUCACUGCUGCUUAAAUGCAGGCCAGGCAAGGAAGAACGUUGAUGCUAUGGUGCACUGGUGCACGGCAGGAAAUAUUUCUAUGCUCAAAGUUAGAGAUCCCUUGAGUCUUUCCCUCAUGUGUAGUCCUUUGGCUCAGGCAUAGUCCCAGUGAAGUCAGUGAGACUCUUAACUGAGGUGCCAAUGAAAGAGGGGGCUGUUUUUCCUGCAUCACCCCUAUGUACUGCUCCUGUGCAGAAUGCUACUGCUACCCAAAGUUGCUUUCCAAAAAAAACACUUCAGGUGAGUAAAUGCAGGUCCUUGGAGUGUACUUUGCCCUAAGGCCCAUGUUCCCACAGCAGGGUGAGCCUAUGGCUAGCUAUAAAUUGGCUCCACUGGGAACGAUGCAGAUACCUGAUGGUGUGAGGAUGGCCAUGGUUCCUGAUGCGGUGCUACCACUGUUGGAAGUGUCUAGACUAAAACUGGCCCUGAAGAUCAAGAUAUUUUUGAAACACAAAGUUUACUAAAACCUAAAGAAAGAGUUUGGAUGAACUGUGAGGUUGUUCCCCCCCGCAGCUUGCAUCAUAGUUGGGAUAUGUGCACAAGGAACUGCACAGACAGCAUGGCCAGCGUGGUCUGACUGCAGGAGCGCUUACCCGCGGAGCGGCCAGCGGGAAGUCUGCUGGCAAACCCCUGUGCUCAGCGGGCCGUGUGCUGACACUGAAAUUAUCUGUGCUUUGCACUGACAAUCGCUUCCUUCAGCUGGGGAGCUCUGAAAUGAUGAAUCUGUAAUGGUAAUUGCUUAGUCUGUCAUCUCCCAGCUGUUUCUGUUCUCCUAGGCACCAAAUCCGUGUCCUAUUUUUAUUUUAUCCUCACUCAGGGAUGGCUGCAGGGGAGCUCUGGUAGUUUGCACCUUUUUCAACUGAGCUGUUCAGCUUGAAUAAAAUUUGUGCCUGAGCAAGUGACCAAAAGUGUGUGUAAUUUAAAUAUGCAUGUCCUGUAGGGUAUAUGUUGUCUCAGGUGUCUAGAAUAGAAGUGCAGUUUUUGAUAACCUCUUGCACAGAUUCUUCCUCAUCAUCCUCUUCCAUAGAUUCUUAACCAGGGAUUUCUAACCUUUCUUGUUCUGUAAUACUUUGUGAUGGCUCUAAUGAAGUUCAUGUGACUUCCCCAUCUCUGAGUAGUAGCUUCUUUCAGUUCCUUCCACCUGCAGGGUUUUUUUAUGAGCCCAGGCAAUGAUUUUGUAUUGCAGCGAGCCUUCCCUGAAAUUGUUCAGAGCCCCUACGUGGUUUUGCCCCACCUUCAUUUUCUGCAAGAGUGGAGUCUGUGACAUAAGAGCAAUGAACUGAUGAACUGGCUGAUAACACUAAAGAGGUAAAAGGUCAGUUGGGUUAGAUAACAUUUAUGAUGAUUCCUCUAAUGAGAUGUUACAUUUCUGCUGCUUUUCUCUUAUGUCCUUCCUUUAUCUCUUGUCAUCUGUAAAUUCUUCAGGUCACAAUAAUAUUUCAGAGACAAAUGUCUAUUAAUAUGAACCUGUAGCUAAUUAAAGAUGUGUUUUUCAAUUCUC